AUGCAGCGCCUCUCCCUGGGGUCGCCGGCCGGGAGGUCCUUCCACCUGAGCGUGGCCGCCGACGAGGAGGCAGAGGCGGCUGACGAGAAGGCGACGAAGGCGGUGGCCAGGGCCCCGGCGCCGGACAGGUCCAUCCACCUGGUCCCCGUCCUCACUCUCUCGUGCCUCCUCGUCCUCUUCCUGCUGUCCCAUGACCCCUCCGCCGCGCUCACCGAUUCGCCUGUGCUGGCCGCGGCCGCCACCGUCACCGUCACCGCACGCUCCUUGGAGGCCACCGCCGCUGGCGCAGGUGGAGCGGACGCGACGACCGCGUCCAGCGGCGUGUACCACCGGCGGCUGAAGGAGGACCCGAGGCGGCAUCAGCAGCAGUCCCGCGGGCGGAGGCUGGGGAUGGCGCGGCGGCGGUGA